UCUGGACUGCUUCAAAUCCACAUUAAAAACUUAUACGGAGAGACGGCGUCUUCUCGAAAACCAUGGCCGGAAGACUGGAGGACCAUCUUCAAUGUCCGACCUGUCUGGACGUCUUCAAAGAUCCUGUCAUUCUGCCGUGCAGUCACAGCUUCUGCCAUGAGUGUCUGCAGCAAUGGAAGGACAAGGAGAGCGAUCAUGUCCAGUCUUUAGGACACAAUUUAGGUCGAUGGAUCCAUAUUUGAAUUUGGCACUGAAGAAUCUGUGUGAAAACAUGACACCCGCCUCAGUCGAGUCAGAAGACAUCUGCAGCUUGCACCAGGAGGAACUCAAACUCUUUUGUUUGGACCAGCAGCAGCUCGUGUGCCUCGUCUGCAGAGACACAAAAAUCCACGCUGGCCUACAGAAUGCCAAGGAAAGACUCAAAGACUAUAAUAACUGUAGCGAGACCUGCAAUGAAAAAGCAGAAUGCAAGAUUAAGAAGGAUUUUGAGGAGCUUCGUCGCUUCCUUGACAUUCAGGAGGAGACCAGGUUGGCUGAUGUCUGGGAGGAAGAGAAGAUGAAAACUCAGACCAUAACGGAGAAGAUUGUGGCUCUCGACAUACAAAUGGCCGCUCUCUUGGACGUGAUCAGAAGCACAGCAGAGCAGUUACCAUCUCAUGACGUUUCCUUCUUGAAGAAUGUCUGGACUGCGAUGAACAGAAUUCAAGAGCCGCCCAAUGAACCGGAGCUGCUCCGAGGAGCUCUGUUGGACGAAGCCAAACACGUGGGCAACCUCAAGUUCAACGUGUUGGAACGGAUGAAGGAGACACUCUCCUACAGUUCCGUCAUUCUAGACCCCAACACGGCUCAUCCUGUAUACAGUCUGACCAAAGAUUUGACUAGUCUGAGUACGGCAGAAGAAGCACAGCAGCGUCCAAAAAAAUCCAGAGUGGAGUAAUUGGCAUUUAGUGCUGGGUUGUGCUUUGGACUCGCAAAGACACAUCUGGGACGUUGAGGUGGGAGACAACAAUGAUUGGCAGGUGGGCGUUGCGUGGGAGGACCCUUGUUUUCCAGAUAAAAUACUCACUUGGCGCAUCGAAUUUCGCGAUGGUAAAUACACAAAUCCUUCUGCAACAGACUGAGCAUGGAAUCUGCCUGUCAAAGACCGGAGGUUCCGAGUUGAUGUGGACAGGAAUGAAAGGUCAGUUUCAUUCUCUCAACCUCUCACAAACACUGAAUUGUGCAGCCAAAAGAAUAUAUCCGAUUGGCUAGAGUUGUACGGUAUCACCAAAAUAUUUCCUUAUUUUCACACAACAAGUAAAAGUCCUCUGAAAAUAAUCCCCUUGUCGCUUUGUGUUACGACUCCAAUGAGUUAAUGGUCUUGUUGACACGGCUUGAUUUCUUGGAUAAUAUGAUCUGAAUAAUUUUCUUUUUGACAUGA